UGCCGUCCAUGUACCAUCUUGAAGCAUCAGCUAAAUGUUUUAACCACAGUAGCAAACAUAACGACACGUUCUGGUGCUUCGGUACCAUUGUCAUCAAAAAGUAAUCGCUUAUAAUGAGGAUGACCAGUUGUACUCCACUCAUUUAAAAAUAAGAUAUACAGUCUAUAUUUAUAUAAAAAUAACCAUAUGUAUAAUUAUGAUUUAUCUGUGAUUUUGGGUAACAUUUUCUUAUCACUAAUUUAUUAGUCACUAACAUCUCGAUGGUCACUAAUAUAUUUGUGAUAACUGAUAAGUAAUAGCCGAUGGUGAUGGGCUUUAGCAAUUUAGCAGGUUUAGCUAUUGCCAAUUGCCAUGGCUUAGUGGCUAAUGCUAUUGCCUAUUUGUUAUUUGCUAACUUUAGAUUAAUUUUUCAUUAUUCUUUCGGUUACAUAAAUUAUUUUUUUGGAAUUUGAUUCUUUGAAAAAUAGCUGAUACUUGAACACAAUUAUCACGAACUUCUUUUACUUAAAAAUGGCCGGGUGUUCUAGGGACAGCCAAAAUAUUGAUUCUGACAAUAUUCAAACCAAUUUUCAGAGAUCAUCUUGUUGUUAUGUAUGCAAUGGUUAUUAUGGAUCAUGUUUUGAUGAACAAAUUUGUCAAACAUGUCAUUUGUUUCUUUUUUCUGAAGAGCUUACACAAGCUGUCCAAGAAAAUGUACAUAAUACAAUGGGUGUUGAGGACGGAGAUAGUGGAAAUGAUGAACCAGCAGAAAUAUUUUAUAAUGGUUUUCAACGACCAGUUCAAGAUGUACCACUUGACGCACGUGAACAAGCUGCUCCAUCACAAGAUCUUGCACGACGAAUUCAGUUAUUAUCAGAAUUAUCAGCCAUACGUUCUGAACCUUUUAAUGAUGAUAGUGAUUAUUUCCAAGAACUUCCUCCAGAAGUGUUAUUAACUGUAUUUUCGUAUUUGGAUGACUUCAGUUUGUGGUGUGUAAGUAAGGUAUGUACACGCUGGAAUCAAUUGUUACGUUCACAUAUCCCACAAACAUGGCGUAGGUUUGUAGUUAAUUGUUGGCCUCUUUACCAGCCAUUAAAACCUGUUGAUGAUUGGCUUUCGGUUAGCUCAGCUCUAUUUGCUAGUUCGUCAUGCUUAUUAUGUAUACGCCGAAUGUAUUAUCGUCCACAUGCUGAAUGUCAAGAAAAUUCAUGGAGAAGAAGACGAUUACGACACGAAGUUAAAAAUUUGAAGACUGAUCCACCUGAAGGUAUCAGAGCAAUAUCUCUAGAUAAUCAUUGGUGUCACUGGCAAGCCACCAUUUUAGGACCGGCUGGUAGCCCUUUCGAAGGAGGAAAAUUUUUUUUGUAUAUACAAAUACCUUACGGCUAUCCAAUGACUCCUCCAGUGGUCAGAUUUUUAACAAAAAUAUUUCAUCCUAAUAUUUCACGUCAUGGAGACAUUGGAAUAGAUUCACUCCAUUAUAAUUGGAGUUUAGCAUUGACCAUUGCUAAAGUAUUGAUUUCAAUUCAGUCACUGCUAACUGAUCCAUUUUGUGAUGUAUGCAUGGAACCUGAUAUUGCACGUCUCUAUAACAAUGAUCGACAGACAUACGAUACUAUUGCACGUUAUUGGACUCAUCGAUUUGCUAUGAAUGAUAUAUUAACUUGGCCUAAUUAAGUAAUUUAUUUUCAAUGUUUUAUUUUUUGUUUAUCCAUUUAAAGAUCUGGUUGCCAAUUACCAUGAUAACAUUAUGAUUUAUGAUCAUAGUUUGUAAAGCAGUGUUAAAUAAGUUAUACUACAUUUUAAGAAAGGAUAAAUAUUAGUAGGUAAUGUAAUAUGUUAUAAUUUAUAACUAUAUGAAAAAAAAAAUAUAUUUUUUUUGAUAAACAUAAGUUUUAAAUUUGUUAUAAUUUUUAUUUACAUGUCUAAAUUAAUGUAUUAAAUAUUAUAAUUAUGUUAUAGUGUAAAAUUAAAUGGCUUUUGAUGUUUUUAA